AUGUUCAAGAAUCUUAACCUUCUCAAGCUCCAGAACAAUUCUAUUUCUGGUCCACUUCCGAUUUCAUUUGGAGAAAUGAAAUCUUUGUACCAUGUAGACCUUUCAAGAAACAAGAUAAAUGGAAGUUUUCCAACGAGUUUUGGGGCGCUGGCAGGUUUGAGUUAUGUGGAUAUCUCUCAGAAUGCAAUGCAUGGUGUUGUUCUCCCUGAAAUUCACUUUGCCAACCUCACAAAGUUGGCUUACUUUUUUGCGUCGGGAAAUCAUAUGGUGUUCAAAGCUAAACCAGAUUGGGUUCCUUCCAGGCUGAUUCAAAUGCUGAACUUGGAGUCCUGCUCCAAUUGCUUGGAAGGUCCACUGCCCACUGUUUCGUCCAAUCUUACUUUCUUGGACCUAUCCAACAAUUUGUUGUCCGGAAACUUGGUCAAGUUCUUGUGUUUCAAUCCUUCUGAGAAAAGGACUACUCAGUAUCUGAAUCUUCAAGGAGAGAUUCCAAGGUGGAUGGGGAAGUGGCUUUCCAAAUUGUCUAUUCUUAAUUUGCGUGCAAAUAAGUUUCAUGGCAGCAUGCCGGUGGAGCUUUACCAUCUGCAGUUUGUACAAAUCUUGGACCUUUCUCACAACUCACUUUCAGGGAGCCUGCCAGCAUGUUUGGGUAAUUUUAGUGCCAUGGCUACCUCAGAUAAUAGUGAUGAUGUUGCUGUAAUUUAUAUUUUUACUAGAAUCAAUACCCGCGGCGGCGCGGCUACGCAACGCCGCGGGAACUAA